UCCUCGAGUGUAUGAAUGAGGUGAGCAAACAAGCCAUCCACGGGCAGGGAAAGCCUUCCAGCACUUCUCCCCCGACGGCCUGAGCACUUAUAAAAGCAACUGGACGACGACGAUCUUGUAUGCGCAACUUGAUUUUGGGCUUUGUCGCUGUUUUACUAGCCUUAUUCGUCUACGAUCUCUUACCGGACUUCUGCACGCGUUCGAGACGAACGUUACUUUAACGCAGGAAAUCGUUGACGAAAGCGGAUCGGAAUUGAACAUGGCUGCUGCUGCCUCUGCUGUACAUGCAUCGCGCUCGGUCGUCAACAAAGUGUUUGCGAUCGAGCAGGCUGAGGGUGUCGGUGCCCGUGUGCGUCGAUCCAUCGGCUCAGCGAAACUUCGCAACCUCUCCCCCUUUCUUAUGCUGGACCACUUCGACUUGUCAACACGGGGCACCGGUUUCGCAGACCACUCGCAUCGCGGGCAGGCGACGAUCACAUACAUGCUUCAGGGGAGCAGCCAGCACGAGGACAGCGAGGGUCAUAGCGGGACAAUCGAAGCUGGUGGCGUACAGUGGAUGACUGCUGGUCGUGGAGUCACUCACGCAGAGAUGCCCGUGCAUGGGCUUGGGAUCCCCGAUCCCAAGGGGCUGCAGCUCUGGGUUGACCUCCCAAAAGAGCACAAAAUGACCAAGCCAACAUAUCAAGAGCUCGGCAAGGCCGGUAUCCCGUCUGCCUUCCCAGAAGGACCUGAUGGCCCUAGCGAGAUCCGCGUCAUCUCCGGCAAGUCGUACGGCGUAGAAUCGCCGGUGAAGCCGCUGGGAGGAUGCUGGUACUUCGAUGUACAACUCAAGAAAGCGGGUGCAAGCGUCUUCCAGGAUAUCCCUGCUGGAUGGACGGCCUUCCUCUACGUCUUAUCGGGCAAGGUCAAGGUCGGCGCUACCCCCGAAGCACACGAGCCGUACCACACGCUCGUGCUCAGUUCAAAGAGCAACGAGGAUGGCGUCGCUCUCACAGCGGAGGAAGACAACACGCGCAUAGUUCUUUGUGCCGGCGAACCGCUCAACCAGACAGUCUUCCAGUAUGGUCCGUUUGUGAUGACCACCAAAGAGGAGAUCAUGAAGACCCUUCAAGAUUACUCCAUGGGUAUCAAUGGGUUUGAGAAAGCCCAUGUCUGGAAGAGCAAGAUCGCGGAGAACCUCAGGAGGUCGAUGGGGAUGGACUAGAUUUGGCCGCAUAUGUGUCUGACUGAGUUGAUGGUGCUCCGCCUCUGAAUAUGCGUGCACUUGUACACUUACUAUUAUGUGAACCGCUGCGUAUCUCACAGCCAAUAUGAUUAACGAGUUCUAGAAUGUU